AACAUGGUACUUAAUUUCUAUCACAGUAACAGUUGAGUUUGAUGAGCGUAAUACUUCGCGAAUAUCUUGUGAUGACCCUGCUGUUUGAGGAUGCUGUCUUUUUUAUGUUUUAAUUUUUAAUGGGUUAUGUUCAUAACAACUAAAUACCUGAGUUGUUUGUGCUUGUUUUUGGCCUGACCGGUAAAAUCGCUACGUGUAUCUUCGUAAAAGAAACGGCUGAGUGUGUGACGUGCUGUCAGGAGCAGUUUGUCUACGAAGUAAUCUCCUCAUAUACUUCGUGGCUAACGAGAAAAGGCGGACAGUGAAAUUCAGAGGUUGUCCAUACUGUAGAACUGAAGCGAUGGACCAGGAGCCAACUAAGUGGAUAAAAAAAGAGGAAACUCAUGAAGUACAAACUGAGUUACACUUCAUAGCCCAAGAUUAUGCAUGCAGCAUGAAUGUAAAAGAAGAGUUGGAGGAGGGUGUGAAUAAAGAGUUUCUUGAAGACCCAUUAAAGGCUGGCGACCCUAGUGUUUGCGUAAAGCAAGACCCCGAACUGAAACACCAUGCUGCUGGAUCUGAGCAUAAUUUGGUUGAAGAUCCAUUGGAAAUAUCUUUGUCCACUGAUUUUAUCAAGGAGGAUCCUGAAUUAAAUAUAACUGAGAAUACUGUGGAAACCUCAACAAGAUGUGCAUCUGAUAGUGCAAGAUUUACUCAGACUACUGGUGGAAGUUGUAGCAUAUCAUGUGAAGAAACUUGUCACCAUAGACUGGUCCAGGAUGAGUUGGUGAUAGACAUGGAGAAGUCAACACAUGGGUUCAGUACCAAUACAGAAGAUGUGACAAUUGAUAAGGAAUGCUCAGUUGCCACCCAAUAUGACUGUAGUACGAGGGAAAAGGAAUUACAUGUAUAUAGCUGUAAUCUCUGCCACCAGAGCUUUUCUUCAAAAUACGGACUCAUAAUGCAUGUGUUUAUGCACAUUGAUGGAACGCAACCACCUUCGUAUGUUUGUAAGUGGUGUGGUGAGGUAUUUCAUAGUAAUGUUGUCUUGAAAAAGCAUAUGAGAAUGAGUGAGAAUUGUCAAGUUUUAACUGCUGACAGUCAUGAAAAAUAUGGACAUAGUGAUGAGCAUGAAACCACUAACUUGUUGGAUAGCGAGGGAGAAGUUUCUGUCACAGAACACAAUGAGCAGUCUUCAUGUAAGGAAACUUGGAAAGAUUCAAAGAAACCCUCUAAUGACAUGUGUAACACACAUAUGACAAAUGAUAGAGAGAAAACAAGUAAUUAUGGAACUUUGUCUAUAGCUGUUAACGUCAGUGCCCAGGCUGAUCUACUUACUGCAAACAGAACUCACAGAUGUGGUAUUUGUGGCAAAUUGUUUGCUAGGUCAUAUGAUCUCAAGAGACAUGUUUACAUUCAUACUGGGAAGAGACUUCACAAAUGUGAUAUUUGUUUCAAAUGGUUUGCCCAGUCACGUUAUCUAAAGGCUCACACAUUAAUUCACACUCGACAGAAACCUCACAAAUGUGUGAUGUGUGGGGAAUCUUUUGCUAGGCCAAACCAUCUCAAAACGCACACAUUGCUUCACACUGGAAAGAAACUUCACAAAUGUGAGAUUUGUGGGAAAUCUUUUGCUGGGUCAGGCGUUCUCAAGAAUCACAGUUUAAUUCACACUGGAAAGAAACCACACAAAUGUGACAUUUGUGGGAAAUCUUUCACUAUGUCAGGACAUCUCAGAAAUCACGUAUUAAUUCACACUGGAAAGAAACCGCACAAAUGUGAGAUUUGUGGGAAAUCUUUUGCUAGGGCACACUAUCUCAAGACACAUACAUUAUUUCACACUAGAAAGAAAAUUCUUAAAUGUGAGAUUUGUGGGAAAUAUUUUCCUACAUUAAGCAAUCUUAACAGACAUGUAUUAAUUCACACUGGAAAGAAACCUCACAAAUGUGAGAUGUGUGGGAAAUCUUUUGCUAUGAAAGACGAGCUCAACAGACAUGUAUUCUUUCACACUGGAAAGAAACCUCACAAAUGUGAGAUUUGUGGGAAAUGUUUUGCCAUGUCAAGCGAUCUCAAGGUACACACAUUCAUUCACACUGGAAUCAAACCACAUAAAUGUCAGUUUUGUGGGAAAUGUUUUGCCAAGUCAAGCUAUCUCAAAAUACACACACUAAUUCACACUGGAAUCAAACCUCAUAAAUGUGAGAUUUGUGGGAAAUCUUUUACUAUCAUAGGCAAUCUUAAGAAACACAUGUUAAUUCACACUGGAAAGAAACCUCACAAAUGUGAGAUCUGUAGGAAAUCUUUUGCUACAUCAGGUGAUCUCAAGACACAUGCAUUUGAACACACUGGAAGUUGACCUCACAAAUGUGGUAUCUGUGACAGAAGUUUCACUUACUUGGAUACUCUCAAGACACAUGCAUUACUUCACAUCAGAAAGAAACUGUAAGUAUGUGUUAGUUUACACAAUUAGGUUUUCGUGGUUGGUACCCUCAAGGCCUAUAAAAUAACGUAUGUACCAGGGGACAAUAAAUUGUACUUUCUGUGAAAUAACAUUAAAAUCUCGUAGAAUUGUGAAAAAACUUGCAAUGAUGUGUACUAUAGAGUGCUAACAGAUAAUGUGACAAAAAAAUUCAUAUCUGUAGCUUCAGAUGUCAAGAAAUGGUAUUACCAAAUACUCCAGAAACAUGAAUCAAAUGUGUUUCUGUCAUUAGCACUG